CACAUUACAUUUACACGCACAUAUUAAAUUUUACACAAAUGUCGUUGAGGUACACAGUGCGUAGGGCAAUUCAAAAUGACGUCGAUUCGAUAUCAUCGCUAGUAAAUGCGGAUAAAAUCUAUGGGUUUGGCAAUAAGCGUCCCAAAUUCCAGGAGGGGCAGAUCUUUAAGCAAUACCAGACCCAUCGCAUGGUCGUUGAGCUUAAUGAAUCAUCGGACAGCACUCUAAUAGCCUAUGCUGAGUUUCGUAAUUAUCCUGCAAUUGGUCCAUUGCCCAGCGACAGCUGGCUCGAGUGGCUGCACAAAAAAUAUUGUAUCACAGUGAACUUAAGCAGUCUGAAUUCGUUGUUCUUUAACUUUUGUCUGUACCGUUGCGAGCAUCCUGACGCUCUUCUAGCCUUACUCCAAGAGGUGUUCUACGUUGAGAGCCGUGUUUUAUAUUUGAUAACAGUUAAGACUCCAAUUGUGCCCGACAAUAAGCAUUAUGCUGAGUGUUUUGACGAUUUGAAAAAGUACGCAAUGGUCUUCUAUCCACGCGAGUUUAGCAUCACCUCCAAUCCGAAUACGCAAUCCGUUUAUAUAACGGAUCGCAUUCGAUUGUUACCAAAGAUCACAUAUCGCAAAGCUCUCCCCGAGGAUAAUGAUGACAUCAUUGAGAUACACGAAUACGAGAUGCCAGAGAUACGAGACAAGUUGGGCGACUUCUAUAUAGCCGAUGAACUAUUGCGCACGGAUGAGAAUGCCAAGAAUAGGGUGUUGAUUGUUGCGGAAGUGCAGAACGAGCUUCAGGAGUCGUAUACUGCGGGCUUCAUCUGGUUGGAUUCUGAUGUCGACAUACGUUUUUAUGUGAGAAACUACGAGAUGGAAACGUUUGGCAAUCUUAUCAAAUUUGAUAAGAAGAAGCCAUAUAAUUCGGAGCUUAUAAAUGUUAAAUCGGUUGAGCCCAGACCUGAGGCAUAUUUAUUCACAGCAGAUGCCAUGGAUGAUCUGGACGCAAUAACAAUUAUUGGUGGUGUUCAAUUCAAUGAUAGUGGAACCAGUGUGGCCAGCUUGGGCAAGUUGCGAGUAAGCUCAAAUCGUGGCACAAUUGUCGAUACGAAAGUGGCGACCAGUCAGGAUAAGUUUUAUAUGCACGAAGACUUAUAUCUGAAGUUUGACUUAAUAUUCGAGAAGCUAAUCAUGGCUAGCUAUUAUAUCAACGAACAGAUGAAGAGGAUUACUUUAUUUUAUAAUACGAACAGUAAGAAUCCGCAGAAGGAUCACAUUCAGGCUGCCUCCAAUGUGUUUUCCUUGAAGUGCAUAUGUGUGCACAAGGACUUUCCUCUGGAGCGUUUGUUCAACUGUCUCGCUGCCAUGUAUUCAGCGUUUCCGGACCGUGACUAUUGCAUAAUGACCAUACCGAAGAGUCUCGAAUCUCUGCGCAGUCACGGGGAGGCACUCAAAUAUUUUGUGCCAGUAGCACAACGUCCCAGCGAGGAAGUCAAUUUGGAUGAAAUCUACAUAACGCAUCGAAGUACUUUUUUUGGGGAAAUUUGCAUGUAUCGCUUGGAAAAGGAUGAUGCUGACAGGAUACUAAACCUGGCCAUGAGCGGCCAUACGUUUUCAGAAGUUAAAACGGUCUCGCCGGCUUCAAGUUUCUCCUUCAACCCCAAGGCGGAUGCAUUCAUCAACAUUGAUCACGAAUUGCAGGUCAUAAAACAUAUCAUCACCGAAGUGCUGGACAAUGAGAGCAGCGAAUACGAUGUCUUUACCAUACGCUGUGGAGAUUCCAAUAAAUCAGCAAAAGAAAAUACAGCUAUUGGGUUUGUGAUUCUGAGAAAAUUUUUGAAUCAUCACGAGUUGUAUUUUCAUUAUCAUCUCCCCAAAAACGAUAACCAUUUGAAUAAUCAACGUGCCGAGAUUAUAUCACUAAAGUUGCAUCCACUCUUCAAUGACAGCAGCGAUGUGAUAUUUCGUAUUCUGGCGGCCAAGACCAACUAUUGCGAUUUCUAUUUCAUAGUUGCACGAGUGAAAUAUUUAUUCAGCAACGAUUUGAAAUCGAUGAUGAUGGUCAUUGAGCCGAAUCCCAUGAAGAAAAUAUAUUUCCCACCCACCGAAGUAAGGAGUAGGGAAAGACUUAGUGAUUUAGAGGAUCACGAUUAUUAUAAUGAUGAUUUGAUUAUUUUUCGCCAUAAGCUGAAUCCAACCAAAUGGUUUGGCCAACCCAAUAAACUGGUCAUCAUUGGAUUCACUCCGGUGGCAAAAGCUUUUCUACGACAGCUAGUCUUCCAUUGGAAUAGCAAGGAUCACGUAAACUCGGAGAAUUUCACCUGCCUGCCACGUCUGCAGGUGAUCGUUAUUGCUGCCCCAGGAGUAGUAGAAGCGGAUUACGAUUGUAUGUUUCAAUGUCCCUACUGCGACAAUAUGGGCGAGUGUUAUCUGCACCAUCAGCAAAGCUGCUGUUAUGUGCGAGAUGUUUUGGUACGCAUAGAUUUACGCCUUUGGGUGCAUUUUGUCAUCGGACGCGUCAACUACGUCAACAGGGAAAAGAAGUAUGUGAAAAUCAAUAAGAGCUGCGAGAUCUAUUACGAUACUUUGCUGCUAAUGAAUUAUUUAAAUCACUGCCUGAAGACCGAGCAGGUUAUACAUCAUUCGGGUCGCUUGCCCUCUAAUUUUGUUGAGAUCAACAAUCGCCUGGAUAAGUUUAUACUGUUCUAUAAGCUUCGGGUGCUCCUUGAGAAGCAUGCGCGCAACCAUCACAUACUCAUUUAUGGUGGCAACUUGCAAACGUAUGAGUGCAUAUCCUUUCUAAUGAGCCAUGGUGUCGCUCCCGAGCGAGUGAUUCUUGUGAUCCCCUAUCGUAAAGUGGGCACUCAAGAACAGCAGAAGCUAAAGAAUCCCUAUUAUGAUAGGAAUAUACAACACGUACUAGAUGACAUGCUAAAUGAUUGCAAAAUACAAACUCAUUCGGAUCUCAUCUUCUCACAUUGGAUGCAACAUGGUACGGCCAAUUUCAUACUUGAAGUUGUUUUCACAAAGUUCAGCAGCAAGAAGGUGUUCAAAUGUGAUUGUGACAUAUUUAUAUCAUUUGACGAGGGUAACAUGGACACUUAUACCAAGGAAUGGCUAAUGGAAUCGGAGAUUACGCUUAGUGGCUCAAAAAUUUUGGUUAAUAAGGAAUUUCAAACAAACGAUCCAGACAUUUAUGCAGCAGGCACUUUUAUCGAAAUCAAGGACUAUCUGAAUCAUCAAUAUCAGUAUGUAAGCGAAAGGGAAACGGCCAUUAAGCUCAUGCAUAUACUGAAGUUGAAUGCUUCUGACACCUUCUUUGAGGAUAAAUACUCGCAGCCCACAUUCUUUAAGGCCCUACUGCCCCUCGGCUACUUCAUAUUUAAGGUGACGAUGCCGUGUCGCUAUUUAGCCAGCAAAAUUAUUGGCUGUAGUAGCUAUACUCUGACCAGUUAUCACAAGAACACCUUUUGCCGGAUUGGACUCACCUCCAAGAUGAUUGUAGAUGAGAUUGUGAUUGUUACCAAGGAGGAUCAAGAUUUUGAUUAUCUUGAGCACUUUUGCGGUAAGCACGAAUCCAUGUUGAAUAACCUGAAGGCACGUCAUCAGAAUGGACAAAUUAAGUGCCUCAUGAGGUUUCUUCGGGAGCCGUGGACAGAACUAUUGAUGCAUGACGAUUUUAAUGAUUUUCAGGUAGAAAAUCACAGAAUGCUCUUGCCCAUGAUAAAAGGAUUAGAUAUUAAUAAGCGCUGUUUUAAAGAAUUGCUCAUAGUCAAUCAACGGGUAUUGGAAGAAAAUCUGCUUGAAUUUAUAAGAAAAAAUCGGCGAGACUUUCAUCACGAUUUUGCACUUCCCGAGGACUAUGUGACUAUGGAUAGAUUUAGCGGCACUUGCGGCAGUUCUAAAAUUUAAUAUACAUUUUACAAUGUUAACAGAGUAGUUUUUUGAAAUACAAUUCAUUACCUGAAGUACA